CUUGUUUUCUGUCUCUAGCAGUAGAGAUGAGCAGCACUAAGACAGAAGUACCCAUUUUAUCAAGUGGAGAAGAAUCUGAUAUUUCAACAUUAUUUAAUAAGUUCACAACUUGCUGUGAGGAAUCAUUAAAAGAAUUGAAUGAAACUUCUGAUGUUGAUGAAGAUGACCUGACAAAGCUCAAAGUGUCAUUUUUGGAGCAGUGUUUCACUCAUCUUGAAGAACAGAAUGCUGCUCUCAUUUCAACAUUCACCCAGCUGGAACAAGAAACUCGUCAGCAUGCUGAAGUACUCAACAGCCGCCUCCAGCCCUGUGCUGAAUCAGCUCGGAAUCUCAUGGUUUCUCUUCAACAUUUUGAUGAUGAUUUUAAUGCAGAUGACUUUUAUGUGCCAAAUGAAUCAGAAUCAAUUGAUAGUGAAAUAAAGGAAGAUCCUUGUAGUAAGGAAAAUGGUGAUUCAGGUUAUGUUGGAGAUGGUGAAGAAGACACUUGUAUCAAGAGCCAUGAAAGUCUCUUGGAAUCCAUGACUUCAAGCUGGAAUGGGAGUGAUGUUGAGAACAGAUCACGGCAUGAUGAAAGGGAUUCAGAGGACAUGAAGAUAUGGAGUGAUGAAAUUAGAAGACUUCAUUCUCAACUAGCUGGUGUGACUCAUGAACGAGAUCAGGCACUAGAGGAAGUACUCCAAAGGGAUAGAGUGAUAGUUCACUUGGAGUCAAGCAUUAGUGAGCUUCAUCACCAUAUAGCUAUGAAGGAGCUGGAGGUUCACACCCUUCAACAGCUUCUAUCUUCUGAACAGAACAUUGAGGAACAUGGAGAUGAAGGAGGAGAUGAGUCAAAACUGAAGCUGCAGUUUCAAGAUGUUCAAGAAGAGAAUGAACAUCUUCGUUCCCAAUUGAAUGCAUACAAGCUUGAGGUCUUGAAUCAGCAAAAAACUAUUGGAGCUCUUCAAGACACAGUGGAAAGUUUGAAGAGAAAAGAAACAGCCACUGCUUCAAGUGAGCUGGACGAAUUCUUGGAGCUUCCUGUACGAAUGAGAGUAGACAAGUCAAGCAGUGGUACAUUGGAAAGGACCAAGAUUGAACCAAAGAACCAUCUACAUUUUUCAGGAAUGAUGAACCCAGUGUACAGUAAACAUAUGGACAUGCAUCAAAUUCAGAUUCAGCAAGAAUGUCUCCACCUCCAAGCUAAACUGCAUGAAUUAGAGCAAACCUUGUCAAGAAAGGAGAUGGAGUUACAUGUUCAUGCCAUUCGAUGCCAAAAGAUGGAAAAAUUGCAAAUGGAGUAUGCCACUUUAAUGAAGAAACACAUGGAGCUGUGCACAGAACGAGAAGAUUUGGAAUUUGAAUGCAAACAAUUGCAGUGGCAGUUGGAGGAACUGCAGCAUGUGAAACAGAGGGUUUCUACCCUCCAGGGCAAUUUGGAACAAGCAAGAAGGAGCCUUUCAUCAUGCCGAAAGGCCAAGGAUACAGCAGACAUGGAGAAAGAAUCUCUACAAGUCAGAAGUAUGCAGUUGGAAGAUAUGCUCCAGAAGGAGAGAAAUUCUGCAGAGUGUCUACAUCUCAAGGUGAAUGAACUCCAGGCAAGGUUGAAGCAAGCAGAGAUUGCAGUGAAUGUUUCUGAAGAUCGGUUGUGCCAAAAGCUCCUCGAGAAAGAGAAUGCAGAGGUGGAAAUCUCCAAACUCCAGGCAGCUUUCAGCUCACUCUCCCGACAGAUGGAGCUGUCUGCAAAAGAAAAAUAAUGGAAGCCAGGGAUUUUCUUCCACUGUUUUUUUCUGCUGUUUUUUCACUGGAUUAUUCAUCCUAAAUUUGCAUUGAGGCC